AUGGGAAACAUCAUCUCCCGCCAUUCCUCGGAUGUAAUCGACUCCUUUGUCCUGCGAUUAGCCCGAGUGAUCGAUUCCGUUUUACGAAACAUCAACCGUCGGCUCUCCAAUCUCUCUUCUUUCUUCUUCAGCCGUGUCUUUGGGUACGAUGUGGCAUUCACCGCUGACCCAACAACCAAUCCUACCACUGCACAUGAGCGAAUGCGGGAGGCAGGAGGAUUGAUGUGCGGUCCUGGCAACCUCUGUCUCGUCCCCGCAUCCAAACUACAGCAGAGACAAUUGGAGAAAAAGAGAAGGAGUGAGAGGAGGAAGAGGGCUGAAGCUGCUGCGUUGGGGCAUGAUAUGAUUAGAAAAGCCAGAGGCGGAGAGAAGGGGAGGUAUGAGAAAGUUGACAGUACUCCAAGCUCACCUGUCCUGGAGAAAGCCGGGUACAGGCAAUGGGAGAUGACCGAGACAUUAGUUCAGCAGAGUAUGGGAGAGGUAGCCAGAGCUCCCGCGGCGAGAGCGGUCGAAGAGAGGGAGACGGUUGGGGAGAGGGAGAAGGGCAAGUUGUGGGUUAUCGGCAAUGUUCAACCUUCUCAUUCUCAUACGCGGAGAAAUAGUGGGGGGAAGCGGCUACACGUUGUCAACGAGGGAUUGCCGGGGGAGAAGACGGUGGAUGAACAGGUGUUUGCCCGAUUGCGUUCGCCCACUUCUCCCAGUAGAACCCUUCUGGAUGUGAAUGACAAGGCAAGCAGACCGGUUCACAUUCAACCUCGCAAAUCAUCUCGCCCGCCACCACCUUUAGUAGCAGCAAAGAUAGACGCGGUGGUAGAAAAGCACGAUACUGCAGCAGAAGGUGGAUUAAACGAGAGCGGCCAUCUCACAACAAAGAAACCUCUACAUCAGCCCACAGCACUUCGUCUUCCCCCUGGUGCGCUAAGUUUAGGCCCCUCGCCUUGGGAGCCUGCAUUCCGCCACCCCUUCUCACCUGACCACGAAGCACUCACCAGUAAAGCCAAGCAACAUCUUCCAAGGCACGUCAAACUGGACACCCACCUCGAAUCCUCCCCGUUACCGAAUGCUACUGCUGCAUUCAUACCCUCACCCCUCCACCCACAACGACACGACGAUGAGAAUGAGGAUGAGGAUGAAGUGGGGGAUGAAACCUCACAUCUAGCAACUGGAAUCAUCCGUCCCCCCUCCCGCACACGCACCCCAGGAGGAGGAAUGCCAAGAAGUUCAUUCGACGCAGUCUCACUCCGAUCCAUCGACAGCACUCAUACAGGAACAGGCGUAGGAGCGAUAGAUGUAAAAACUUUGGCAAGUAAAGCGGUGAAGGAGGAAAGGGGAAGGAAGAUGUGGAAAGAUCAAGUGAACAAGUUUGCUAUGCAGCGUUGUCUUCAGCAACAGGUACUGGGGGAGAGGCGGUUGAGUACGGCAACACUCUCCGGGGCGGGAGUGGUGGGGAUGAAUGGGGUGAGUGAUAAAGCUCUUACUCCAGUUCCAACGCAGGAGGGAGAGGGAGGGGGAGAAAGAGGGUUGGGUGGAGCGAACGGCAGGAGAGAAAGCAGUCCAGCAUUGGGGAUCGUGACGGCAGGAAUGGCAGCAAGUACAAGUAUCGGGACGAAUGGGAGAACCACGCCUGCAUCGAGAGCGGAGAGUCCUUUGCAUGCUGUCACUCGCUCCUGA